AUGCGGCAUAGCAGGAGACGUGGACCCCCGCAGCUGAGCAGCCGAUCCGAGCCAAGCGAGGCCAACAAGACCAAAGCAAAGCAAAGCCAAGGCAAGGCUGUCGGUGUUCACAAGGACCGCUACGAAUCAGCUGGCGAACGGUUCGGCUACCAUUUCGCUUGCAUUUGCUCAGACCGAACGGGCUCCAAGCGACACUGUAUGCGCUUGGCGGCAGCACCGAAAUUUCAAGUGGCGCAAGUGGGCGGCCAAUUCGACUCAACGUGGGGUAGUUCGAAAUCGUAUCUGCUGUCUGCAUCGAACGCGGAAGCUUUUGCCAAAGAGUGUGAAGCUGAGUCGUUCGCUUUUGGUCGAAAGGGCGGACCUGUACGGCGGCAAAUCUGUCAGACACAGAUCAUGCCGGCAAUACACAGCGGGUCGCCCUCACAGAGUCAUACAACUCGUUCGCUCGAGUAUCUCCGAUCACGACCGUCACGUCAAGAUGAUCUCUUCCAAAAUGUCGACCGGCGCUACUGGAUCAUCAGCCACUUCAAUACCUGUGGCCGAGCCCAGCAGCGCACAGCUUCGACCGCGUGCGCCCGUCGAAGCGACAUUCGACAGUAUGACGAUGGAGAAUGGAAAGAUCCAGAGUGA